GUUUCUUCUUUCCUGUCAGGAGGGUAAGCUACAACAACAGGCUCCACUUAUAAAAUAAAUUUUGUUAUACAAGUCCAUGUGAUGCCCUUAUGAUGUGUAUUCUUCAUGGACCAAAUUGCUCCUCACCAACUGAUAUUCAAUAAUGAAAUCAGACCAAUUGAUAUUACCUCUACAUAUAUAUCCCCCCAGCAUCAGCAUCCAAACAUCAAACUUCGUCUCUUUUUCAUAAACAAACAGUUCCUCCAAUACCAGAGACUCUCAAUAGUCUGAAAUCAUGGGUUUUCGCUUGCCGGUGAUUGUUCAAGCCAAGAACACAAUGCUUAGGGCUCUAUCUUCUCCAAAAUCAUCAGAUGUACCCAAAGGCUAUCUUGCAGUAUAUGUUGGAGAAACAGAGAGAAGACGCUACAUAGUUCCAAUUUCAUAUUUGAAGCAUCCUUUUUUUCAGAGCUUGCUCAGCAAGGCAGAAGAAGAGUUUGGAUUUGACCAUCCAAUGGGUGGUCUUACAAUUCCCUGCACAGAAGAAGAUUUUAUUGAUAUCACCCGCAGUUUGAAUUGAUGAUCAGAUGCAAAAGCAAGACAGAAAUGUAGUUUUAACACAACUAACAAGAGAACCUUAGUUCAGCAUUUUUGUUCCAGUCUACUUUCAUGACAGUGAGAGUCAAAUACAAUAUAGAUGUAUACAUUUGUAUCAUUAUUCUUCUACAAGAUGAUUUUAUAGAUUUGAAUCCUCUUCCAA